UGGGUGCGUCUGCUGUUUGGCCGUGAGUUCCCCCUGCAGGACCUGUUGGUGGUGUGGGAUGCCCUGUUUGCUGACAGCAUCACUCUAGACCUGGUGGACUAUGUCUUCGUAGCCAUGCUGCUCUACAUCAGAGAUGCCUUGAUCGCGAGUAACUUCCAGACCUGUCUGGGCCUUCUAAUGCACUAUCCACCUAUAGGAGACAUCCACACCCUACUACACAAGGCUUUGUUCCUCCGAGACCCCAAGAACAAUCCUCGGCCGGCCAACUACCAGUUCCAACAGAAUCUGGACUAUUACAAGACCAGAGGGGCAGACCUGGUCAACAGCACCCGUGCCAGUGCCAAGACGGCUCCUCUCAACAUCAACAAAGUCUCCAGCAGCCUGCUCAGCUUUGGGAGGAAGCUCAUCGCCCCAGCCAUGUCAGGGGGUGUUGCCAGCGUUAUAUCUCCAAUCAACAGCGAGAUUCGUUCUGCCCCCUCCCCCCUCACUGCAGCCCCCCGCCCGCAGGCCGAGCCCCUGUCUUCAGGCCACGCCCCCCUGCAGACACACUCCCAGUCCCAGCACCAGCGCCUAUGGAAGUCUGAGAGCAUGCCAGUCUACCUGAGCCAAGGCCAAACCUCCAGGACAGUUAGCUCCUCCCCCAGCAUAGAGAGUCUCUCUGGGGGACAGGGUCACACAGUGUCCCCGCCCCUUCCUGUCUCCAGGGGAAGUGACAUCAGCACCUCGUCCCCACCCCUCUCAGCUACCAAGAAGGACUCCUUCUUCAACAUCACUCGCUCCCACAGCAAGACCAUGGGCAAGAAAGAGGCUGAGGAAGAGUUGGAGGCCCAGGUGUCCUUCCUGCAGGGGUCAAGAUCCAACGACCUUAGAGGCCAUGAGAAGUACUGUGCCAAGAUAAGAUGAACCAACCAUUGGGUAAGUCUACCUACCAAUACAUAUAUUAACAUGCACAUUGGUAAGAUCCAGGAGGUGAUCCUACAGGAGCACCUGGAGAAAGAGGAUGAGGUGUUGGUGUCACUGGCUGGACUUAAACAGAUCAAGGACAUCCUGAAGGGAGCUCUGCGUUUCAACCAGAGCCUGCUGGAGGCUGAGGAGAACGAGGAGAUCACCAUCGCUGACGACCACUAUGACCACGCCUCCGCCGCACAACAGCAGCACGCCAACAGUCACCAUGAAGACCAGCCUUACCUGGCCGCACCACAGCGUGUCGACGGUGGUGGAGAACAGGAGGAWACCCCACCAGAGCAACAGGUGUCUCCCCCGGAGUCCUCUCUGUGUGUGGGCUCGGAGGGGAGGAACUGGGAUGACUACAUUCUGGUCUCGCAGGACGGAGAGCUGCAGCCCACCGAGGGAGGGGCGGAGAGGACCCCUCCAAUCAGACAGCUCCACGGCUCGGUCAGGGUGGAGCCGUUCCAGGACCCCCUGAUGGGUGCAGCGUCAGGUUCCUCCAGCCCAGGCGAGGRCAGCAUUCACAGCAAAGACUCAGACUUCGCCAUGGUCAACUCCCAGGACCUGUGAGGGAUUGGACUUUACUGAUAUGGGUGGGAGUUACCACUAACCAGAGAUGUAGGAUCAGUUUAUCUACUCCCUAAUCACCCACCUUAACCAUUUGGAGGGAUUCAUCCCAACCUGGAGCAUAUGCUGCCCCACACGGGAAAACCAACUCGCCACUGCUGGAUCAWACUUGCCAAUGUGGACUGGACUAUGGCAGCCUACCGUUAGGCAGUCGCCAAUACCUUAACCUACCUGCUCUGUAUUCCUUCAUGAAUACCAUAGAUCUCUUUCAUGCCUAUAGCCUCUUCUCCUGAAUGCUUGGGCCUCCAACCCCACCUGUGACUUUAAUGGUGAUACCCAUUUCUGCCACAUGAGGGUGCUACAAGACAGUUCACCACAGRCUACCCUCAGGAACUGGAAUUCAUAGUGCAUUUAUCAGUGGGGGAUGCCUUUCCCUUCUCUGUAUGUAGUAAUGGUAGGGUAGUACCCUGUUUCUCCAGGUAGGGGAGCUGUYUGUCCCAUACCUCUGUCUGUAUCUAAUGCCUGUGUCUAAAGAGCUUCUCUCGUCUUACCUCCAUUCACCGCCUCUGAUUGUCCUUUAACUGUUUCGAGGUAGAAGUUGCUCCUAACCAAUCGGCAGUCCUACACCUAGCAUUAGGGGGGAUGGUACAAUAUCUGAUCCUGUAUCAGUUGUUAGGAGGCAACUUCUAMCUACUCUUAACCAGUGCCUGGAAACCAUUGACAGAUUAACUGACUCUCACUUCUUUACAUUUUGUUUAAAGAUACAAUUUUAACCCAAUACAGCUGCACUACAAUGUGAAAUUAUUAAAUUAAGGAAAACAGGCUUUAAAAAAAAAAAAAUCUAUUCCAUGUAAUAAGAUUUCAUUAUUUCUGAUGUCCUUGUAUUUAUCUUGCUUCCUGGGGUAGCCAAGUAAAGCAUUGCACACACGAGGGAUGUCCCUACAGCAGAGAUGAUUAUCUAUAGACCAAUAAAAUGCUUGUUACAGUA